AGAAUAACUUGUUAAGAGGAGGCAGAUUUUCACUUAGUGAAUAAAUCCCUGGACACACAUUGUUCUUUGUCGGUGUUGUCUUGGCUGCUCUCCUGUGUUGGAGUUAAUUUUAUCCUGGAGCUGCUGUGAGAGGACGCUGCAGUUGUGCCAGUUGUGAUGCAAAAUAUGGAAUGUGUUUCACUGCUGACUGAACACAGCCAAAUGAACAGUAUUGACAGUAGUUUAAAAAUCAGCAGUUAGCAGUUUGUUCACUUCCCAGCACUUUCCAGAGAGAACUAAUUGUUUUCAAGAAAUCUGCUUUACAAAUCUGUUACAAUACUCUCCAACUUUGUCUAUUUAAAUAUUUGCAAAGGGGAAGCAUUUACCUACAAGCACACACUGGGAAAAAUGGCAAUGGAAGAGUACCUAUGGAUGGUCAUUGUGGGUUUUAUCGUCGCUUUUAUUUUGGCAUUUUCAGUUGGUGCAAAUGACGUUGCCAAUUCUUUUGGGACUGCUGUGGGCUCUGGUGUGGUCACUUUGCGCCAGGCCUGCAUUUUGGCUUCAAUUUUUGAAACCGCUGGCUCAGUAUUACUGGGAGCAAAAGUAGGAGAAACAAUUCGGAAAGGUAUCAUUGAUGUUAAUCUGUACAACAGUACUGUGGAUCUGCUGAUGGCAGGAGAAGUUAGUGCAAUGGUUGGUUCUGCUGUUUGGCAGCUGAUUGCCUCUUUCUUGAAACUCCCAGUAUCUGGGACCCACUGCAUAGUAGGUGCUACCAUUGGAUUCUCACUUGUUGCAAUCGGUACGCAGGGUGUUCAGUGGAUGCAGCUUGUCAAGAUUGUUGCCUCUUGGUUUAUUUCCCCACUGUUAUCUGGUUUGAUGUCUGGACUGCUGUUUCUGCUGAUUAGAUUCUUAAUUUUAAAGAAGGAAGACCCUGUACCCAAUGGUCUUCGUGCACUUCCAGCGUUCUAUGCUGCUACAGUAGCAAUUAAUGUGUUUUCCGUCAUGUACGCAGGGGCACCAGUGCUAGGACUGGUACUUCCUUUAUGGAUAAUAGUCCUAAUAUCAUUUGGUAUAGCUAUAGUAUUUGCUGUUCUAGUGUGGAUUUUUGUGUGUCCAUGGAUGAAGAGAAAAAUAGCAAGCCAGUUAAAGAAAGAAGCCGCCUUGUCAAGGAUAUCGGAUGAAAGUCUUGAUAAAAUUCAAGAGGAGGAGACACCUGUUUUUAAAGAGCUUCCUGGAGUCAAAGCAACUGAUGAGAGCACAAUUCCCCUCACUGGCCCAAUAACAGAAGCUGCUGGAGUGUCAGAUAGCAGCAUAGCAAAUGGAAACCAUCCCCGUGUGCCAUAUGGAAGGGCUUUUUCUAUGACACAAACCACCAUGAAAUCUCCUGUUUCCAAUGGCACUUUUAAUUUUGACGGCGGUCAUGUGAGGAGCGAUGGCCAGGUGUAUCACACAGUGCAUAAAGACUCAGGAUUGUACAAAGACUUGCUACACAGAAUACAUCUGGACAGGGCAAACAACGAUAGGCCCUCACAAGAAAACAAUUACAAGAUACUGCGUCGCAACAACAGUUACACUUGUUACACAGCUGCCAUCUGUGGAAUGCCAGUACAUGCAUCCUUCAAGGCAGUUGAUACAUCAACCCCAGAAGACAGUGAAAAGUUGGUGGGAGACACAGUGGCCUAUUCUAAAAAGAGAGUUCGCUAUGAUAGCUACUCCAGCUACUGCAAUGCUGUAGCUGAGGCAGAGAUUGAGGCAGACGAAGGUGGUGUGGAAAUGAAGUUGGCAUCGGACCUAGCAGAUCCUAACCAACUCCCAGAAGAUUCUGUAGAAGAGGAAAAGGAGGAGAAGGACACGUCUCAGGUCCACCUCCUUUUUCACUUUCUCCAGAUCCUAACAGCCUGCUUUGGAUCUUUUGCCCAUGGCGGUAAUGAUGUCAGCAAUGCAAUUGGUCCUCUGGUAGCUCUCUGGCUUAUAUAUGAACAAGGAGGUGUAAUGCAAGAAGCUGUGACUCCUGUCUGGCUGCUGUUUUAUGGAGGUGUUGGGAUCUGUGUAGGUCUCUGGGUCUGGGGUAGAAGAGUUAUCCAGACUAUGGGUAAAGACCUCACGCCAAUCACACCUUCGAGUGGAUUCACUAUUGAGUUGGCUUCGGCGUUCACAGUUGUGGUAGCUUCCAAUGUUGGACUUCCUGUCAGUACUACACACUGCAAGGUUGGUUCAGUGGUGGCAGUCGGCUGGAUACGUUCAAAGAAGGCUGUUGACUGGCGUCUGUUCCGCAACAUCUUUCUGGCCUGGUUUGUGACAGUUCCUGUCGCUGGCUUGUUCAGUGCUGGAGUCAUGGCGAUCUUGAUGUAUGGGAUUCUGCCCUAUGUCUGAAUUGCCACUUCCUGCACGAAACACCCAUGGGGGGAGGAGAGGGAGGAGAAAAACCUUUGCUAACCUGUCCAACGGAAAUGCUAGUCGGCAAGGAUUCAUCUUCCAUAUCUAACUUCUUAUCUACUGUAUAUAACAAUGUGUCAUAUUGGUGACAUGGUGAUAUAAUGUGGUGCCGUUCUUAUAUAUUAAAGAAAUAUAUGCAUAUAGUAGGAAAUAGUACCUAAGUUAUAAUAUAAGUGGGGUGAAAAUAUUGCCUAGAAUUUAAUAUUUAGUAAAGUUUGUACAUAAUGUAACAUUUCAGUGGUGAUUUUUUUAAUCUUUUAAAGAAGAGUAUGGAUUGGGAAAUGUUUCUUGUCUAUUUGAUAUAAGAUAAAGCGAGGUACAGGAUUGCAUAACAUGAAUUUUUUUAAAGUUAAAAGAUACUGGAACAAAACAUGUGCAUAAGUGCUUUUCGUAAGAUAACUUUGUUCAUAUCAGAUUGAUCUUUGUGUACAAUACUAUAUGGCAACUGCUUUUGUAAAUACUUACAAACAGUAACUUUUUAAUGGUGCAUUUCCCUUAUAUAUUUUGGAUAAGAAAGUUUAGAAAGUACCAAAGAAGCAGGGAAAUAGCUUGCUAGAGUUAUGUUGUUGUCAACUUGUGUGUGUACCUGUUUGUUCUCACUUCUAAUUAAAGAUUGUUUUCACUAAGCUAUCACCAGCAAAGCUGGGAUAGUACUGUUCAUGUUUGAUUGUAACUAGCAAAAAAGUAUUUUACAGUUAUGCUUGUUCUCGUUAUUCUGUAUGCUUAACACUACUGUUCAUGUGAUUAGUCAACUAACUUAAUUAUGUUUUGAAUCUGAAAUACACUAAAUAUUCAUCUUCCAUCUUCCCUCACCCCUAUCAAAUCUGAACUCAGUCCUGCCAUCAACCUGAACAGGAGCAAGAUCAAGCCUUAAAUAUCUUCUCCUUCCCCAGUAGUUCUCCACCGCAGAAUAUCAGAGAAAUGGGUGGGUGAUUACAUGGCCAGUACUCUAAAGUCACACAUAGAAAUUGAGGAAGGUAGGUAGGUAAUAAGUGUGCCUGGCACUUGGGGAUUAGAAAGUAAUGAAUAAUAAUGGGCCCUGCCCCAUGAAUGAAUUGCUUUCAGGAGUACAGUUGUGUAAUUGAGGCUAUCGGGUCAGCCUGUGUUAUGGUUACUAACAAACACUCUAGGGCCAGGUUUGCAUGUUGGGUAGCACCCUCCUCCACACGUAGCCCUUUGUUCUUCAGUGGAAUAAGAUGCUGCUCAUUGUGACUAAGGGCAGGCCUGCACGGCAGUCUGAGGUGGGACUGCAGCACGGACAGACAUGCCUGAACCAGCAUGGCUGAAAGUAGCAGGACAGAUAUGGUGGCAUAGGCCUCGGUGCAGGCUGGGUACAAACUUGCAUUCCUCGCCUACCCUGCUAUUUUUAGCCAGUCUGCAAUCACACUGCAGAUUGUGGUGUCGACAUGACCUGUGCGGGGAUGAGAGUCCGGCCCGAGACUAACAGAGUCUGUGGAUACCCAUGUUAAGGUUGAGAUUGUCACAGCAGUGCAGAGGAUUACAUGGAACAAGCGUGGCUUAAAUCUCAGCCUAGAAGGCUUGAUGCCAUUCAGGCUGAGGUUACUGUUCUGGGGGUGGAAGACAGUGUUUGGAUGGAGAUGGGAACCUAGUACUGUUUAAAUGCUGCUAAAAUUUUGAUAGACAAACAUUCUUGGUACUCUGUUAUGACUUUUUCCAUUGGUCAUUCAUACUAAAUUUAUAAUAAAAAGAUAAAUAGCCCCUA